CAGAAUAAUCAUCCUCACGAUAACUAAUUAAUCUCAUCAACUCAACAAUGUUUGUCAAGUACGGAAUCUUUGCUGCCCUCGCCGUGGUCGCCCUCGCUCAGGAUGCCGCCCCCAUCUCCAACUCUCCCAUUGCCGCCGAGGCCAUUGCCACCCCUAUCUCUGUCGAUGCCACUGUUGCCGCCAUCCAGGAUAUUAUCAUCCAGAGCACCAGCGUCGCUGCCCCUGCCCUGAGGGAUCACGAUGCUGAGGCUGAUGCUCUUGACAACUCCGUCGAGGUUCUUGCCAGCUCUGCUGAGGCUAUUGUUGCCGCUGUCGAUGAGAUUAUUGCUCAAAGCACCAGCGUUGCCGCUGCUGCCGCUUCUGAGGAGCCUGCGGCUAUUGUUGUUGAGGAGCCCGCUGCUGUUGUUGCUGAGGAGCCCGCUGCUGCCAUCCCCGAGGGGGCUGCCGUUGCUAUCCCCGAGGGUGCCGCUGCUGAUAUUGCUGGCGAGUCCAGCGCCGCCCCUAUCCGUCGCCGUUUCAUGAACAAGCGCGGGUACAGUGGUCACCACGGUGGCGCCACUGAUAAGCCCACCCAUAAGGCGGACCCUGUCUAUAAGGCAGAGCCUGUCUAUAAGGCAGAGCCUGUCUAUAAGGCCGCCCCUGUCUAUAAGGCAGAGCCUGUCUAUAAGGCCGCCCCUGUCUAUAAGGCAGAGCCUGUCUAUAAGGCCGCCCCUGUCUAUAAGGCAGAGCCUGUAUAUAAGGCCGCCCCUGUCUAUGAGGGUGGAGCUGUCGAGCCCACCGGCUCCAAUGUUUACUAAAUUCUAAGCUAAUGCUCUUUACUCGGAGCGUUUUACACACCCUUCACUUCCAUUGCCAUACUUUUACCCCUUCUUGGUGAAUGGGUGUGUACGCGCGCGUGGUUCUAUUCAUAUAACGACUAACUAAUGUUGAU